CUGAAGGAUGUGGCCGUGGACUUCACGUGGGAGGAGUGGCAGCUCCUGGACCCUGAUCAGAAGGACCUGUACCGGGACGUGAUGCUGGAGAACUAUAGCAACCUGCUGUCCGUGGGGUAUCAAGUUAGCAAACCUGAUAUACUCUCCAAGUUGGAACAAGGAGAACCACUGUGGACCUUAGAAGAUGAAGUUCACAGUCACCCCCAUCCAGAAAUUGAGAAAGUGGAUGAUCAUAUGCAGCCACACUGGCAAAACCAAAAUAUACUGAAGAGGUUGGAACAGUGUUAUGAACAGAAUGCAUUUGAGAAUAUUAUUUAUCAGAGCAAAAGUUGUUUUCCUUUAAGGCCAAAUCAUGAUGUAUUUGAUUUACAUGGGAAAACUUUGAAAUCAUAUUUAGAUGUAAUCAACCUGAGUACAAGCUGCAAAAAAAUGGAGCCUGCUGAGUUUAGUGGAGAUGGGAGAUCCUUUUUCCAUGCUGAUCAUGAGCAAACUCAUACUGAAAUUAAACAUCGGGACAUACACAAAAUAGAGAACACCCACAAAUGUACUGAAUGUGGGAAAGCCUUCCUCAAGAAGUCUCGGCUCAAUGAACAUAAGAGAAUUCAUACAGGAAAGAAACCCCACGGAUGUACUGUGUGUGGGAAAACCUUCUCCAAGAAGUUCAAGCUCACUGAACAUCAGCGAACUCACAAAGGAGAGAAACCUCAUGAGUGCUGUGAAUGUGGAAAAGCCUUCCUCAGGAAAUUUCAGCUUACUGAACACCAGAAGACUCAUACAGGAAAUAAACCCCAUGUAUGCAGUGUAUGUGGGAAAGCAUUCUACAGAAAGUUCAAGCUAACUGAACACCAGAGAACUCAUACAGGAGAGAAACCCUAUGAAUGUCCUGAAUGUGGCAAAGCCUUCUUUAGGAAGGCAGAACUCAUUAUACAUCAGAGAAACAAAAGAGGAGAAAAACCCCAUGUAUGCAACAAGUGUGGGAAAGGUUUCUCCAGAAAAUCACAGCUCAUUCUGCACCAGAAAAUUCAUACAGGAGAGAAAUCUUAUAUAUGCAGUGAAUGUGGAAAAGGUUUCAUACAGAAGGGCAAUCUUAUUAUACAUCAACGAACUCACACUGGAGAGAAACCCUAUGGAUGCACUGAAUGUGGUAAGGCCUUCAGCCAGAAGGCAUGCCUCAUAGCACAUCAGCGAUUUCAUACAGGAAAGACUCCCUUUGUAUGUACUGACUGUGGAAAAUCUUGUUCACAGAAAUCAGGACUCAUUAAACAUCGGAGAAUUCACACAGGAGAGAAACCCUAUACAUGCAGUGACUGUGGGAAAGCCUUCACUACAAAGACAAUGCUCAUUGUCCAUCAAAGAACUCACACGGGAGAGAGGCCCUAUGGAUGCAAUGAGUGUGGGAAAGCUUUCUCCCACAUGUCAUGCUUGGUUAAACAUAAGAGGACACACACAAGAGAGAAACAAGUAGAUUCAGUGAAGGUGGAAUAUCCUUCCACAAAGGGUCACAGCUUAUUAGAUACUAGUGAACUCAUGCAGGGGGAAAACCCUGUUAAUAUGGUGACUGUGCAGAUGCCUUCUGCAACCCCUCAGACAUCAUUAAACACCAGUGGGCUCCUAGCAGAUAGGAAUGUAGUCCUUAUGGAACAGCCAGAUGCCAGAGGUGCACCCUCAGGAGAUAACAGAGAGUUUGUGCAGGAGAGAAACUUCAUGAAUGCAAUGAAUGUGGUUAUGCCUUCAGUGGUCAAUUACAUCUUAUUUUAUGUCACAAAAAACACAUAGGAAAAAAAUGGUAUAUUCUAUUUGGAAAAGCCUUGAGCAAUAAUGUAUAGCUGAUUAUAUGGUUAGGUAUAAAAAGCAAACCUAUGAAGGCAGAGGUUAGGAAAGCUGUGUUUUGGAAGAUAGACCCUAUUAUCAGUGAUUACCAAAGGUCAUCAGCAAGCUUAUAGUGUGUAAAAAUAUGAGAGUGGUAAAGUCCUUCCCUCAAUAGGUGUCAUUACAUACUGGAGAGAAACUUGGAAGGCAGUGAAUGUGGCAGGGUUUUCUGCCCCAUCCAUUAGCUGAUGAAAUCAUAUACAAAUAAAACACUGUGAACACACUAAUUGUGGA